CGAGUACCUAGAAGAUGAGGUCAUUUCAAUGUAUGCAUGGUAUCUCAACCUCUCUGUCAUGUAUGAUAAGCAACGUAGAAUUGAAAGCAAAUCGUGCUUUCUCCCUACUGAUAUACAGGCAGGAUUAGAGAUUUAUGUCUAUACUGCUGACAGUGUAUUCAAUGAUUAUCGAUUCAGCUACUUACCCAAUGCCUAUGGAUGCAAUAAGGAUGGUAAGCAUUGGUACCUGGCUGUGGUGAUGAUGGAAUUAGAAGAAGUUCAUUUGGUUGACUCUGCUCCUAGGGCAAACAACAAUGAGUUUCGUGCAAAGACCGUACGCCAUAUGAUGAAUUUUUUAUAUGAUUUAUUUCGGAGGUUGUACUUUGAAUUGGGUACAACAAAGGAUCUGCCAAACAUCCGUGGCUUUCAAGUGAUUAGUCCAGAUGGGGUUCCUACACAAGAAAACAAAUUUGAUGUUGGCAUGUGGGUUUGCUUAUGGAUGAGGUUCUCAGAUAAUCUGGUACGCUAUGAUGUUGGGCCAUGUGGCGAUGUGGAUCGAAUGAGGCUAGCUCUUGACUUGGUUGGUGGGCCUAAAAAUGCUAAGUUGGAGAAAGUGAAUCGACAUGCUCAUGAACACUCGACGACAUGGAAAAAUACUCAAGGACAUGGCAGUCAUGCGUGGAGAUGCAUAUUUUUAAGUUUUUUUGGAUUUUGAUGAACUAGUUAAGUAUGCGUUUUCGGAGUUCUUGAGCGUUUUGGUGGUGAUGCUUAUGUUUAAUUUUUUUUGGAUUUUCACUUAUUUUGGUACAUUGCCC